CAGACCCCGCCCGCGAAGUGCAGGCUGAGCCCCGGCAGCCCCGGUGCCGGCCUCGGGGUCCCCGCCGCGCCAGGGUGUGGCGCCGCCGGGCCGGGCUUCGGGCCACGGAGAUCCUCGCGCGGAGCAGCCUCCGUUCGCGGCCGCGCAGAACCGGAAGAAACCACGUAUUCCUGGCAGGUGAGGACAGGAGUUUAUGUCCGUAUCGGAAGCAGCGCCCGGGGAAGUGGAGAAGGAUGUAGGCCCAUAGGCCCCGGCCAGAGGAGCGAGCCGUCUGCCCCCAGGUGCGGUCAGGAUGGGCCCCGCGGGCAAGCAGAGCCUCUCGUCCGCGCCAGCCCCCAUGGGAGGGUCUUGCCUCCUCCUCCUCUUCUGCCUCCGCCUGGGCACCUCCUGCCCGCAGAGCUGCCAGUGCCCCGAUCGCGAUGGUGCCGUGGCCGUCCACUGUAGCGCGAGCGGCCUGCAGGAGAUCCCCAAGGACAUCCCCGCCAACGCCGUGUUCCUGAAGCUCGACGCCAACAAGAUCGCCCGCGUCCCCAACGGAGCCUUCCAGCACCUGAGCCAGCUGAGGGAGCUGGACCUGUCCCAGAACGCCAUCGAGACCAUCGGCCCCGCCGCCUUCUCGGGCCUGGCGGGUGGCCUGCGGCUGCUGGACCUGUCUCACAACCGCAUCCGCAGGAUCCCCAAGGACGCCCUGGGCAAGCUCAGCGCCAAGAUCCGCCUGUCCCACAACCCCCUGCACUGCGAGUGUGACCUGCAGGAGGCCCUGUGGGAGCUGAAGCUGGACCCCGACUCGGUGGACGAGAUCGCCUGCCACACCUCCGUGCAGGAGGAGUAUGUGGGGAAGCCGCUGAUCCAGGCCCUGGACUCCGGCGUCAGCUUCUGCAGCACCCACCACAAGACCACCGACGUGGCCAUGCUGGUCACCAUGUUCGGCUGGUUCGCCAUGGUGAUCACCUACGUCGUGUACUACGUGCGUCAGAACCAGGAGGAUGCCAGGAGGCACCUGGAGUACCUCAAGUCCCUGCCCAGCACCCCCGUGUCCAAGGACCCCCUCAGCCCCGCAUCCUAGUGCCCGCUGAGUGCCAUCACCCUGUGGCAGGUGGUGACCGGCUCAUGCUCCUGGCGUUCCCCCGGCCAGGUGGUAGUCACAGCUGCUUCUGUGCAGUGCACUCUGGCCGAACACUUCCUCCAGCUGCACCGAGUCACCGCAACGCCCCUCGAGCCAGGCAACACUCCCCUCGGACCCGCUGACGGAGGAGGAAACAGAAACUUAGAGGACGGACCGACUUGCCUGUGAUGACACAGUCAGGAAACCAUCCGGUCGGGACUCAAAACCAGGCUGCCUCCAAGAUGCCCCUUCCACGCAAGCCUCUCCCGUGUGGCGCCCGUGGGCGUGAACGCAGCCAGAGAAGGAAGGGCUUGUGUCCAUGACUACGAAUAGCCCCGGUGACGUCUGGGGUGCAGGGUCACCUGUCGAAGGCACAGGUGACCCUGCACUGCGGGACGGACUCGCCUCUGCUCCCCUAGUGUCUCCUGAACACACGGGACCACAGAGUCUGCCCGGAGCCGAACAGGAGAGAGGCCAGGCUUUCUAGAGAGGGAAGGGAGGGGACAGCCGUGCUUAUUCUCAGAAUGGUUGUGAGAGUUAACACUUGGACCCAAAUUUCAGUCCAGUGAGAGGGGGGAAAAAAAUCCCAAACCUGAAACCAAAAACACCACCGAGAGGAACAGACAAGCUCGGCCCGCCCGAGUCCCACCGCCAUCUGCCCGGCUGGUGGGAAGGCCGGUCACCGCUGGUCGCCGCCGUGCCUUGCUUUUCUACUCACCGACACCACAGCAGCUCCUUUCCGAGGACAGGACUAAUGAGUGAUGCUUCAAGGCCAACCAACGGGACACCUCCUUUUCUCCAACAAAUCCCCCCCCCCUCUCUCCUUCUCUCCCUCUCUCCCUCUCUCCCUCUCUCCCUCUCCCUCCCUCCCUCUCUUUCUCUCCUCCCCCCUCUCUCUCCACCUUUGCUGCCAGGACUCUCAGAGCUCAGUGAGUGCUUGAUUUUCUUAUACCGCUACACGUCCCCGGUAGACGUGACCUUCACCUGUAUGACUGAUUCAUCUUCCCAUUUUUAGGUUACUGUCUUUUGAUGAGUGUUUAUAUUUUA